UAGCUCCCCGAAACGUCCGGUCUCGGGUGCCCAUUCCAUGAAUGGAUGGGCGGGAGUCCACCGCGACGUCGGGGCCCAACUACUCGCCCUUCUACGUGCAGCACCGCGGGAUGGGCUCGCCCCCGGCGCCGGGACCGGCCGCCGGCGCCUUCCACGCCGCGCCGCCCGGCGGCUACCGGCAGCAGCUUGACGCCGUCUCGGCCGGGUACGCCUUCCAGCAGCAGCCCUUCGGGGCCCCCGCCCACAUUGGGCAGGGAGGGUUCCACCACCAGAACGCCUCCUCGCCCCACCUGCUGCCGCCGCCCCCGCAGCAGCAGGAGCAGCAGCAGCACCAGGGCGCCGAUGGCGGCGGCAUGGGUGGUGCGGCCGCCGACGGCAAAGGGGAUCAGCAGGGGAGCGAGGGCGGCCAGGACGAGCAGGUGAAGAAGAAGCGCGGGCGGCCCAGGAAGUACAAGCCUGACGGGUCGGCCACGGCGCUGGGGCUCUCCUCGCCGUCCCCCUCCACGCCCCACUCGUCCGGCUCCGGGAUGGGGGCGAUGGUAGCCACGCCGGGCUCUGGGUUUGGGCCGGGCGCGAUUGUUACCACGCCAGCUUCAGGGGGGUCUGGUUCGGGCGCGCUGGCAGAGAAGCGGCCCAGAGGGCGCCCGCCUGGGUCCGGGAAGAUGCAGCAGCUGGCUUCGCUUGGAAAGUGGUUUCUUGGCUCUGUAGGAACAGGCUUUACUCCUCAUGUGAUUAUUAUUUCAGCCGGAGAGGACGUUCAUGCCAGAAUAAUGUCUUUCUCUCAACAAGGCCCAAGAGCUAUUUGCAUCAUUUCAGCAACAGGAGCUGUCUCCACUGCUACCCUUCUGCAGGAUUCAGAUUCUGGUUCAGUGACAUAUGAGGGUCGAUUUGAAAUCCUGUGUCUUUCUGGAUCAUAUUUGGUGCUAGAGGAAGGCGGUACCCGCACUCGAAGUGGAGGCCUUUGCAUAGCUUUGUGCGGUCCUGACCAUAGGGUUAUUGGUGGGAGUGUUGGCGGAGUCCUGACAGCAGCUGGAACUGUUCAGGUGAUAGUGGGAAGUUUCAUGUAUGGUGGUGGAUCAAAGAAAAGCAAAGCCAAAGCAGAGCAACACAUGGAGCAGAAUCAAGAGCAGAAUGGUGGCGAGGAAGAUGCCCCCACGAUGGCGCUGUCAGAUCACAACAUGCCGCCUAACCCGAUGAGCGGAUGGCCACCUGGCCUGAUGAACCAGAUGGACUCUGGGUCUCCUAUGUAUGGGGGGCCACAGAAAAACCAAGCCAAAUCUGAGCAAGACAUGGAGAAUGAGGAGCAUGAUGGGGGUGGCAGUGAAGAGCCCCUCGCAAUGGCACCUCCCGAGCACAACAUGAACAUGCCGCCCCACCCGAUGGGCGGAUGGGCACCAGCAGGCCUGAUGAGGCAGAUGGAUUCGAGAUCUUCCAACAUCGACAUCAACUCCAUCCGCGAGUAGGUUGUUGCCCGAGAAACUAGUCUUGUUAGAGGAGUUGCUGCGGAUUCCUGAUGCGGCAGUCGUGAUAGAAACCCUGCUUAUCGAUUGUACUGCGAGAUGUUGUAUUAGAAUGAUGGAUCCUGCGUAUUAUAUAGAAGAAGAAAGAGAAGAGACCUGGGUAUUGAGUUGGUACUUGCAGCUGCUGUUGUUUGUCUCUGGGUUAACUGAUCUCCCAAUCCUAUUUGUUUUGAUGGAAUAAUGCUGGAAAAAUACCAAUGUACUCCUUGUA